AUGGGUUGCGUAAAUUCGAAGAAAAAAAAAUGCCGGAAUUGCCAGGCGCCGGUGCGUCGGAGCUACUCAAUGCACGUCCGCCGCCCGCCGUGGAAAUCAGACGAUAGCCACCAUGUGGUGGCUCUUGCUUCAUCCACAUUGGGUUCUUUGAGGCUUGAUCCGUUGAAUCGGAAUCAUCCAUUAAAUCAGAAUCACUUUAUAGAAGAUGAGAUUCCGAUUGACAAUGGGGGAAUCAAUAAAGAGAAAGUGAUUAAAGAUGAGCUCAAAAUGGAGAUGAUCGAGGCGAAAACUUGGUCAAAAAUGAUCAACGAGAAAAUCCCAAAGGUGAUUGCUAAAACGCCUACAAGAACUCCUCCCGGUGAGCCCGAGACGAUCAAUGUUUGGGAAUUGAUGGAAGGUCUUGAGGACUCUGGCCCUCUAAGGCCUCCUCACCAUCUUCGUAGUUUUUCUUUCCAGGUUUCCCGUAAUCCAAAUUUGUCGCAUCUUGAUGAGCAAUCGACGCCAAGAUUAAAAGAAAACGGUGAAGCAUCGUCCACUUCAUUGUGGCCCGAUAUGACUGACAAAGACUCGAAUUCGAAUUCAAAUGGUACAUCAGUCCAUACUCCGCCUAAUCCAAUUUUGUCUCAUCUUGAUGAUCAAACUAUGGAAAGAGUGAAAGAAAAUGUUGAAGUGCCGUCCAUUCCAUUAUGGCCCGAUAUGUCUGACAAUGACUCGAAUUCAAAUGAUACAUCUAUAGUUUCAGAAUUUGAUCCUGAAGUGAUUUCCACUUUUCGAAAAGCACUUGAGGAUCUUCCUCCGGCCAAUCCGUUUCACCUCAAGUCAUUGGACAGUGAAAAGCAGGCGGCAUUGGCCGGAAAGGAUCAGCUUUUGGUUGUAAUGGAUGAUGAGCAAAAACCUAAUAGCACUUUCGUGGGGAAUCAGGUUAAUGCGGCACGCGGUACAGACAAGGUGAUUGUAUAUUAUACAAGCCUAAGAGGUGUGAGAAAGACUUACGAGGAUUGCUGCCAUGUUCGAAUAAUGAUAAAAGGAUUAGGUGUUAAGGUUGAUGAGAGGGAUGUAUCAAUGCAUUCAGGAUUCAAGGAGGAGCUGAAAGAGUUAGUGGGGGACGGAUUCCGAGGGGGCUUGCCAAGAGUUUUCGUUGGACAGAAAUAUGUUGGUGGGGCAGAGGAAAUCCGGCGAAUGAACGAGGAGGGACAGCUCGAAAAGCUGGUGGAAAGCUGUGAACCGGUGGAGGACAGUAGUGGCGGAGGUGGAAGAAUUGGAGUUUGUGAAGCUUGUGGGGAUGUAAGAUUUGUGCCUUGCGAAACAUGUUCCGGGAGCUGUAAAAUACACUAUGAGGAUGAUUUUGAGGAAGAAUACAAUGAACAUGAGCAUGAAUAUGGCUUUCAUCGAUGCCCUGAUUGCAAUGAAAAUGGACUUGUACGAUGUCCAAUGUGUUGUGAUUAA